ACUUCACAUGGGUUUUCAGUUUGUUGUGAAACAUAUAGUUCCUUUUCUUUUCUGAGUCACAUGACUGUUUACUACCAUGGCUAACCCGCUCUCCUCCACUUUUGUUUUCUGUUUGUUUUACAUUUGCUCUGCUUCGCCGCCCAAUUUCGUCCUGUUUUUCGCAGACGAUCUUGGUUUCGGAGACCUGGGCUGUUAUGGACACCCCAGUUCACUGACUCCUCAUCUGGACCGACUUGCUGCAGGAGGUCUGCGAUUUACAGAUUUCUACUGCACCAGCCCAGUCUGCAGCCCGUCCAGGGCAUCGUUGUUAACAGGUCGCUACCAGACUCGCUCAGGGGUCUUCCCAGGUGUGUUUUACCCAGGCUCCAUUGGGGGUCUCCCCCUGAAUGAGACCACCAUCGCAGAGGUGCUGAAACCUUUGGGCUAUGCCACAGCCACCGUGGGAAAGUGGCACUUAGGAUAUGGGGCCAAUGGAAAAUUUCUCCCAACUAAACAAGGAUUUGAUCAAUACUUAGGAAUACCAUACUCUCAUGACCAGGGCCCUUGCCACAACCUGACCUGUUUCCCUCCAGAUAUAAAGUGUUUUGGACUGUGUGAUAUCGGAGUAGUAACCGUCCCACUAGUUCAUAAUGACAACAUUAAACAACAGCCGGUCAACUUCCUUGAUCUGGAAAGGGCCUACAGUGACUUUGCAACCGAUUUUAUAAUCACAUCUGCCAAGAACAAACAGCCCUUCUUCCUUUAUUAUCCAUCACAUCAUACCCACUACCCGCAGUAUGCUGGCACAGGAGCAGCAGGUCGCUCUUUAAGAGGUCCAUUUGGAGAUGCCCUCUUUGAGUUCGACAGCACGAUAGGAAACCUGAUGGCAACCCUGGAAAAAGUGGGCGUGAUCAACAACACGCUUAUUUUCUUCACUGCUGACAACGGGCCUGAACUGAUGCGUAUGUCCCGUGGAGGAAACUCAGGCCCCCUGAAAUGUGGCAAAGGUACAACGUAUGAAGGAGGCAUGAGGGAGCCUGCCAUUGCCUACUGGCAAGGGGUCAUUGAACCAGGGGUGACCCAUGAGUUGGCCAGCACUCUGGAUAUCUUCCCAACCAUUGCAAAUCUGGCAGAAGCCAAACUUCCCCCGGUGAUCCUGGACGGGUUUGAUAUGACCAAUCUUCUCCUUCGCAAAGGAAAGAGUCAAAGGGAGGCAAUGAUGUUUUACCCCACAGAUCCAAAUGAAAAAUUUGGGCUGUUUGCUCUAAGAUGGGGAAAGUACAAGGCUCACUUCUACACACGAGGUGCCACCCACAGUGCUACCACCCCUGAUCCUGACUGUCCCGGGAUCGCUGUCCUCAAGGCCCACGACCCACCUCUCAUUUUUGACCUGGAGGCUGACCCCUCAGAGCGAUACCCUCUCCCGCUGGAGGAAAGACCUGACAUCCAAGCUGUGCUGGCACAGAUAGAGAAAGUCAAGGCACAGUUUGAGGCUACCAUGGUGUUUGGAGAAAGCCAGAUAUCAAAGGGUGUGAACCCGAACCUUGAGCCCUGCUGUAGUCCUGAAUGUAGCCCCAAACCCAGCUGCUGCCAUUGUUAAUGUUUGUGAGGAUAAGGUGGGGGAAAUACUGCACUAAAUUUAUCCUUAAAUCUGAAGGUACAUUAAUACCAUCAGUGUUUUGAAAUGUUGCACUUAUUAUCUGCUUUGGUAAUGUAUCUUCUUGCUACUGAAAAAGGGAUAUAAGAACAUUUUCCUCAAUGAGGAUAUUUCCUUUUUAUUAAGAAUGACCUCUUCUCGUACUGUAUGUUCUCUAACUUGAGUAUUUGUACAACAAAAAAAAACUUUCACUUCAAUUUUCAUACACAAAACAAAAUGUGAAAUCAUUUGCAAGCUUAAUAAAGACAAGAAACAAAA